GUCAUUGUGCUACUCUGCUGCGUUAACUUUUCUGGAAAGCCGGGUCUUUGGAGCUAAAUGGAGACGUAACAACACCUUUGAAAAGUAUUUUAAAGCCACACUGGGAAGAAUAUGCCGGCGAAACAAGGCUGACGUAGUGGUUCUUAUUGCUGACAUAUAAACAUCGCAUGAAGAGGUUUUGUGUGCCUUUGGUACGUCAUUAGGGGAAGCUGUCCUUCGAUCGUGAAAACAUUUUUCAGAGAUGCCUGUGCGAACAGAUGAUGUCAUGCGCCUUUGCUGUGAUCUCUCUGAGCAGCAAAAAAUGAAGGUGGCAAUCAAACAAUCUGGAAAAGGGGCAUUACUUGCUGGUGCAUCAGCUUUUGUUGGUGGCCUUGUGGGGGGUCCUCCAGGAAUUGCAGUUGGUGGUGCAGUCGGAGGCCUUUUAGGAUGCUGGAUGACUAGUGGCCAGUUCAAGCCUUUGCCACAGAUCCUAAUGGAACUCCCGCCUCAGCAGCAAAAGAAACUUUAUGAUGAUAUCAUGGCAAUCAUUUCCCAGUUAGACUGGACGGAUGCUGCCCAACUCACGGCCCUGGUCAUGAGCAAUGCUGCCAUGCAACAGAAAGUGGUGGCAGCCUUAUUGAAUUAUGUCACACAAGAGCUCAGAGCUGAAGUCCAGUAUGGAGACUAACCACCUUUGACAUUUAUCAUAAAGAUCAAAAUCUCAGUCGCUAAUAGUCUGGUUCCAGCAGAAGUGUUUUUCUAGUGUGCUAAUUAAGGUUUAUUUUUGGGACAAAAUGAGUGAUGCCUUACAAGUUGUUUUUUGAUUUUUAUUUUCAAUUAUGUACUGCAGUGUGAAAGAAAUUGACUGGACCAUUUCUUUCUGAAGAUUAAUUUAAUAAUAAAUAUAUUAAGGCCAAUUG